AUGCAGAUUGCCCUCAAACAAGGCAGUCCGCAAGACUACGGCCUAGUGGAAUUCGAAACUGCGGAACAGGCUGAAAUCACCGCCGAGCUCCGCCACGGCGCCCCGUUCCGCAACAGCAAACUCAGCAUCUCGUACUUCAUCCCGGGCCAGCGUGCGAUCAAUAUUUACAUGAAAAUUUUGCACGAUCACGGUGCGAUACGAGCCAAUGCCGCAUUGUUGCCUGACCCGACUGCGACUUCAGUUGCUGAGAGCAUGGCAAACAUGGCGAGGAAUAAUCCUACUUUUGCGAGCAAUCUCACGAGCAUAAUCUUGAAUGAGAUCCAAGACAUCCAAGAAGGAGCCUUCAAGACCGUCCUUCUCAGUAGGCCUUUGGGGCUGUCGCCCUUUACCUUUCCAAGAGCAACCCCAAGCGUGCCCUUGUUCGUUCCCGUCCCCAAGCCGUUCUUGGUAGUGGUGGUUAUGGUGUUGGUGGUACCGCACAAAUCCAAUAAUGUGGAUAAACCCAGUGACAUGUUCGACGGCGAUCAGAGUGUCUCGGACUUCACCUCUAACGGAACGAUGUUCCAGGAAGCGCUCGCGGGCCCGCCGAUCGUUGCCGGCGGCGGCUGGCCGCGAUUGGGCGGCGCGGCGCCGCCGCCGCCGCCGCCAGCAGGCAACGCUAGUGAAGCGUUCCUCAACAGCCUGCUGGAGGCUGCAGCCACUUCGGCGUCUCAUCCGCCACAGCGUGGCCUUGAUGGGGCCGGGAAACCGCGGAACGGAACGGUCGGUGACUUCUACGCGGGCACCAAGCUGGAACAGGGCAAGGCUCCUCAUCAGCAGCAACUCCUGGCUGUGACCGGCGAAGCCCACCAGGGGUUCUUCCCUCAUCAGGGCUUCCCAGGGAAUCCCUUCCCGCAAUAUGUGAUCCUCGGAGACGGCAAACCGAACAUCGAACUACCCCUGAUGGCCCAUCACGGCUCUCUUCCGCAACAAGUAGCCUCGAUGGAAAUCGACCCCUAUCGGGGGUUUUCCGUCGUCCAGCCCUCGUGGAUACCAUCUGUCGCCGCCGCGGGGGCGCCUCCGCCUGCUGCUGGCCUAGCCGGACUCCACCUGGCCCCGGCCGCAGCCCUUUGGCCCUACGCGCAAAUGGAGCCGCAAAUGAGCGUGUUUGCUGCUGCUGCGGCGCAAAACCAGCUGCUGGGCAAGCGAAAAUUGCCUGCGAUGCCGUUCGGGCUUCCAGACCAUCAUCAUCAGCAGCAGCAGCAACACCACCACCACCACCACCAACAUCAGCACCACCAUCAACAACAACAACAGCAGCACCAACAGCAACAACAACAACAACAACAACAACAGUCGGCGUGCUUCUUUCCUUCGCAGCAGUACAUGAUUGCUGCUGCGGCUGCGGCUGCACAAAACGACCCUUACAAACGCAAACGCCAGUACUGACGACGUACUCUUUUUCCUUCUUAUUUUUGUUGAAGCAUUUUUAUUCUUUAAAAAAAAAGACAGGGAAUCAGCGUUGAUUUCAAUCCAUUUGGCGAUUGGUUGUCGAUCUGUGCGGACCAGAAGCAUUUGUUAUGGCAGGAAGAUUAUCUCUUAAAUAUGUUGAUAAAAGUCCGAUGGAUUUGUUUUUAGUGAGCGAUUUGGAAGAUACGGUUUAAACGCAAAGCUUUUGGAGCAUUUCUUUUUUUUUUUUUUUUUUUUUAAAGCUGGAGAUGAGAGGAUCAUUGUUUGUUGGAGAGGUUGUUACAGCAGAAGUUGAAGGACUGUUGAGCGUGGUUGUGAAAGCUUGGACCAACGAAUGACGUGGAAUGUGUGUUUCGGUUACCUGGGUGAUGCGUGCAUCGACAUUGUUCCGUGUCCUCCAGAAAAAAAGUUAUUAUAUUGUGGAUUAGAAAAGAAAAAAAGAAGAGAUUCUAUCAUAUGAUGGCACUGCCAGUUGUGAUGUUGAGACCAAGAAAAAAAGACCUGUAAUCUGUUACGAAUA